UGCUGGUGCUCUGCAGGCAGGGAGGGGACCGGCCAUGUCCCUGGUGAUGCUGAGGAUUAGCUGUUACCAUAGUUACAGGAAUCAGGACCAGCAGAUGAUGCUGACACUGCCUGUACUGCCCGGGAUCCCACGAGACGGAGCAGAACCUAAGAGGUCACGUGAUGCAGAGCAACGCACAGACUGAUCUCCGGUAUACACACAGGACACUGACGCACGACAGCUGAAUGGAAAAGCUGCCAAAGACACCCCUCACAUUUCCUGGUAGUGUCACCUCCUCCAGAGGGCCAAGUGUGCCGGGUUCCCCUUCUGCUAUCACUGCUCGCAUGGACAGUCGCAUCGUGGGUUAUAAGGAUCUAGCCGCCCUUCCACGUGACAAGGCUAUAUUGGAUAUUGAGCGUCCAGACCUGAUGAUUUACGAACCACACUUCACGUACACUCUCCUGGAGAACACAGAGACUCUCCGCAGCAGAGAGAGAUCUCUGUCUCCCAAGUCAAUAUCACCUCCUCCGUCACCUGAGGUCUCUGCACUCUGGGCCGAUAAUAAGUCUGUUGGAAGUAGCUCCAAUGUACAAGGUCCCCGUGGGGGAAGUAAUUCACCUAGAGGAGGAGUUCAGCACUUCCACUGUCCAGAGCUUUCUCAGAAGGAGCCAAACCUCUACAAGAAGCCUCCAAUCUACAGACAGAGAGAAUCAGCACUCGCCCACAGGCUGUCCGAUGACCCUAUAGUUGAGUCCUCAAAGUUUCCAGCUGCGAAACCGCCAGAUCCAAACCAGCCAGCAAAGAUCGAGACUGAUUACUGGCCAUGUCCUCCUUCCCUGGCGGUUGUAGAGUCUGAGAGACGCUAUCGCAGAGAAUCCAAACAUGGAGAGGAAGAAAGCGAAGAAAGUGAGGAUGUGAAAGAGCUGAGACAACGUCAGAUAGUGGAGCUUAACAAGAUCCAGUCUAAUCUGGGAAAACUCAUACUAAAAGAAGAAAUGCAGAAAGGCGGUCCUCAAAGGAGAAAAACUCGCUCUCUGCCUGACCGGACCCCAAUCUACACACCCAUACAUUCUGGAUUCAGUAGGAGCAGCUUAUCGAGGCUUCAAUCUGCAGAAUUCCACUCUCCAGAACGGCAGAGGGAAAGAGCAGGGUUUCAGGUAAGCAUCAUUAGGGAAGGGGUUGGGAGAUUGUCAGCUCCAGGACACAGAUCCGCUAGACUUGUCUUUGUGUCCCACAGAAUGGUGAAGGGCAGAGGUCCAGGAUGGACAGAGGAAACUCCCUACCCAGCAUGCUGGAGCAGAAGAUUUUUCCCUACGAAUUGCUGAUAGUGACAAACAGGGGGCGCCAAAAACUGCCCCCUCGGGUGGACAAGACUCAGCUGGAGCGAUACCUCUCCCCGGAGGAGUUCCUGCGCCUCUUCUCCAUGCCCAUGGACGAGUUUGUAAAGCUGCCAUUGUGGAGGAAGAAUGAGCU